AUGCAGCCGAGAGCAGACAGCUUGUCGCCUACGCGAGAAGAUACCCUCCCUUUUGUGCAUGAUGUGAUCAUCAUCGGUGCUGGACCUUGUGGUCUGGCAGUCGCUGCACGCCUCAGGGAGCAAACCCCAUCAGCACUAUUCACAGACGAGGAGCAUCAUCGUUACCAUUGGAUCAACAAGCACACCGCCCAAUCAUCUAUCAAGAAUUCCAAGACGGGACAGACGAGGAAGACUACAAACGGCAAGCCACCGCAGCCAUCGAUGCUCGUUUUAGAUAGCUCUGGAAAUCGUUGGAUGUCGAAGUGGAACAGACUGUUCUCAUCGCUCGAGAUUUCACAUCUGAGAAGUCCAAUGUUCUUUCAUCCUGAUCCGCACGAUCGAGACGGCCUCUUGGCAUAUGCUCAUGCCGCUGGCAAGGAGUGCGAAUGUAUCGAGAUAGCAGGGUGUGUUGGAAAAGAAAUCUCGAAGCAUCAGAUGAAGAAGAGGAGGAACAAUCGCAAGCCCGGCGAGCAAGCAAGACCCACAAUCACAAUAGAUGAAAGAGAUCGCAAGGACUACUAUGCUCCCCCUAGCGACUUAUUCAAAGACUACUGCACCUUUAUCGCCAACCGAUAUGGCCUGUGCGAUGAAAAUCUCAUCCAGCAGGCCAUUGUCAAAGACAUCGACUAUGACUUUGUCUCUCAGCUUUGGGCCGAUGAAAAGGUCUUCACGAUACGUACGGAUGGAGUAAACUACUACGCACGAAGCGUUGUGCUUGCUGUUGGUGCCGGGAACGCGCCUUCAAUACCAAAGCCCUUCCCUGCUGGUGGCUGUCCUUGCGCGUGCCAUGCUUUCCAACCACACGACAAAGCGCUGAUGUCCAGAGUGCGGGCUCGCAAAGCUACGAAUGUGCUGGUUAUUGGUGGUGGUUUGACCAGUGCUCAAAUAGCCGAUCGAGCCAUUCGUCAGGGCGCCACGAAGGUGUUCCAUCUGAUGCGAGGUCCCAUGAAGGUCAAGCCAUUCGAUGUCGAUCUCAGCUGGAUGGGCAAAUUCAAAAACCACGAAAAGGCGUCAUUCUGGAGUGCGGAUACAGAUGAAGAACGAUCAGAACUCGUUAAAUCGGCACGAGGGGGAGGAAGCAUCACGCCUCGUUUCGCAAAGAUCCUCCAGCAGCACGUUGCAUCACAAAGACUGACCAUCCACACUCACACCACUGUCCAAUCUCAGAGUUACAGCCCGAUAGAUCAGACCUACACGAUCACGACGGAGCCAGCCAUUCCAGAUAUGCCCAAGAUCCACUUUGUGUACUUUGCAACUGGGGUGCAAAGCGAGUAUGAGAAGCUCGAUUAUCUACAGAACAUGGUGGAGAAAUAUCCCAUCGAAUCCAUCGACGGUCUCCCGGCUCUGACUGACGACCUUAUGUGGAAUGCAGAAGUGCCCCUUUUCAUGACUGGCAAGUUUGCUGCAUUGAGGCUCGGCCCUGGAGCUGGUAAUCUCGAAGGAGCACGAAUAGGAGCUGAAAGAAUCGCUUGGGCAAUGCCUGAUGUCCUUGGUAAAGCUCAAGAUGGCCAUUGUGCUGGUGAUGAAGAGUUGAACGAGACUUCUUCCGACGAGUAUAGGUAUAGAGCUGGCAUUGGAAGCCGGUUUGAAAGUCUACAAGUUGAAGGGUAG